AUGAGGACCCCUGCAGCCUGCACCCUCCUACAGCUGCUGGUGGCUUUGGCCCUGACACAGAAUCAUACAGGCUCGCACUGGCUGCAGGUUUUCUACACCUUGGUUUAUGGACCGGACAUCUGGGAGCCCCGGUUCAUCCAAGUCAGCUAUGUGGACACCACACCAUUCAAGGCAUUCGACAGCAAUGCUGUGACUGCAAGGAUGCAACCUCGGAUUCCGUGGAUGGAGCAGGAGCCACCUGAAUAUUGGGAGAAGGAGACAGAGGAUGCCCUGAACGCCUCACAGAAUGACAGAAAAUUCCUUCAGGCCCUGAUGAAUCACUACAAACACAGCAAGGAAGAUCCCCCCCAAACACAGGUGACCCAUCAAGUAAGGCCUGAAGGGAAUGUCACCCUCAAGUGCUGGGCCCUGGGCUUCUACCCUGCUGAGAUCUCCCUGACCUGGCAGAGGGAUGGGAACAACCACACUCAGGACACUGAGGUGCUGGACACCAGACCUGGAGGGGAUGGAACCUUCCAGAAGUUGGCAGCUGUGGUGGUGCCUUCUGGAGAGGAGCUGAGAUACACGUGUCAUGUGAACCAUGAGGCAUUAACUGAGCCUCUCACUCUGAGAUGGGAGCCUCCUCAGCCAACCAUUGUCCUCAUGGCAACUCUUAUUGGCCUGGUUCUUGGAGCUUUGGGAGACUGA